UACACAAAAUGGCACCACUUUACGACAUCGUAAUCUUCGGCGCAUCCGGUUUCACCGGAAAACACGUACUCAAAGAAGCCCUCAAGUUUCUUUCACCCAACUCACCUCUCACCUCACUAGCUUUAGCCGGUAGAAGCUCUUCCAAACUCACCGAAACCUUGAAAUGGGCCUCCAAAACCCACCCCACCAUCCCCAUCCUUGUUGCGGACACUUCUGACCCACCAUCUCUCCGCCGCAUGGCUUCACAAGCUAAGCUCGUACUCAACUGCGUCGGCCCGUUUCGUCUACACAGUGAGCCCGUUGUUGAUGCAUGUGUUGAAGCGGGCUGCGACUACUUGGAUAUUUGUGGCGAACCGGAGUUUAUGGAGAGGAUGGAAGCGGUUUAUUAUGAGAGGGCGGUAGAGAUGGGUAGUUUGGUGGUUUCGGCUUGUGGGUUUGAUUCGCUUCCGGCUGAGUUGGGGUUGAUGUUCAAUUUGAAGCAGUGGGUUUCGCCUAAGGUGCCUAACCGGGUUCAAGCGUACGUGAGUCUUGAGUCGGGGAAAGGGCUUGUGGCUAAUUUUGCCACGUUUGAGUCGGCGGUUUUGGGGACGAGUAAUGCUGAUAAGUUGGCUAAGUUGCGACGGUCUGCACGUAGAAGAGCUCGACUUUCGAUUCCUGGUUAUGCUCCUCCUAAAGGACCACUCAUAGAACAUCAAAAAAAGCUCGGACUCUGGGCCGUGAAACUCCCAUCCGCCGAUGCAACUGUCGUUAGAAGAUCACUCUCAAUACUCACAAACAACCCCAGUGGCCUUCAAGGAGUCAGUGAGGAUCCUACACAUGCAGUAACACGUGCAGCUUUUUGGUCAAACAUUAAACCUGCCCAUUUUGUAGUAAAGAUUGGCACCAAGAAUCUUGCGGGAAUCCUCCGAUACAUCGCAGUAGGGUUAUCGAUUGGGCUGCUGGGAAGGUUCUCUCUUGGGAAGUGGCUUCUGCUGAAUUUCCCGUGGAUUUUCAGCCUAGGCCUUUUCAAGAAGAAUGGCCCGACCGAUGAGGAGAUAGCCAGCGCAAGCUUUAAGAUGUGGUUCUUGGGCCAUGGGUUCAGUGAUGCCAGUCAUGUUUCUGACAAGCCGAAUACAGAAAUCAUUACAAGAGUCAUGGGGCCUGAGAUUGGGUAUGUCACAACACCGAUCAUUUUGGUACAAUGUGCACUGACAGUUUUAAAACAUCGCGGGGAUCUACCAAAAGGCGGUGUUUUUCCUCCAGGGAUCGUUUUCGGUCCAACUGAUCUUCAGGAUCGGUUGCAAGAGAAUGGUAUUUCGUUUGACGUGGUUUCAAAGAGUUAUAUAUGAGUACCUCUAGUAAAAUGUGAUAAAUAACACUUGUAAUACAACCGUUUCAAAAGAAUAAUUUAAAGUU